GAACAUGGCCAUCUUCACACUUAACCAUCCAAGAACCAACUGUGGGCCCUAACUACCCAUAUAAAAUCAGAACAUGGCCAUCUUCACACUCUAUGCUCUCCAUCUUUAUGCUCUGAAUAAUUACUGCCAACCAUGGAAGACUACAGAAUUGAGGAAACAGCUCCUUCUCCCAACAAAGCUUCCCCUCAACUGAAUUGCAAAAUAUUGUAUGUUAGUGGUUUUCGUGGAACCAGUUUUCAUGCUUUCAACAAUGAUGCUGCUGCACCUGCAUCUGAUGAAACUCAUGAGCAAUAGGACAUUGUACGAUGAUGCAGUACAAGGAGACUUAGAGGUGACAGAAAGGUUGGUUAAGGAGGACAACAAAGUGUGCAUAUAUCCACUGAACGAUAAGCUUCAAAACGUGUUUCAUAUCAUUUCCAAGAGAGAAGAAGAGGAAGAAGACGAGAGGGUCGUGGAGAAACUGGAAAACAUUGUAAGGAACAUGAGUGUGGAUGAUCUCGGGAAGAAAGACGGGGAUGGCCGAACCGCCCUCCACGUGACUGCCCUGUAUGGGAACACUAAGAUGGCCCAAGUGUUUAUUAGAAAGAAUUGUCGUCUCCUUUUCGUGAGCGAUGGCCACCACGAUCUCCCUGUCCAUUUGGCUGCCCGGAAUAUCCGCCAGAGCGAGGCCGUUUAUACCUUCUUCUUUAAUGUCACUCGUCAGAAAUGCGAGGAGGUGCAGGUGCCUACAGCUAAUCCAUUUGAACUCUCAAGUGCCAUGCAGCUCUUUUGCUACUUGAUUGGAUCUAAAUUCUAUGAUCUGGCUUUAGAUUUGGUGGUAAAGUACGAUGAAUUGGGAGUAUCGGUAGCAGAGAUACCUGGUUCGAAAUUGGACGAAAAGAAUCCGGACGUGGCUAGUCAUCCUCUCCUAAAGAGCAAAACAUCUGCAUUGCAAGCGCUCGUGCAGUUCGAUUGUCCUAUCAUCAACACAAGUCACCUUAGCUUCUGGCACAACUCAAUAUCCUAUUUGUGGCAGCCGAAGAGCAUGAAGAACAAGAUGUCAAUGCACCGAAAAGCAGAGAAGCUUCUCCACCAUUUGUGCAACAGAAUCAAAUCCCGGAAAGAUCACAAACAGGUUGUUGCCGUUGCAAAGAGUGCAAUGUUCGAAGCAGCCCGGCUGGACAUGGACACCGUAGUUACGAGCAUUCUGGACACAUGCCCCACAAUAGUUUACUGUUUGGACGACAACAAGUGCAGCGUGUUUCACAUCGCAGUCGAGAACAGGAGCGAGAACGUCUUUAAUCUUCUAUGUCAAAAGAGCAUCCAGAUGCGAGAUUUGGCAGAAAUGGUGGAUGUUCAUGGAAACGGCAUUCUGCAUUUGGCCGGGAAAUUGGCACCCCCUCACAAACUCAAUUCUGUUUCCGGGGCUGCUCUUCAAAUGCAACUAGAACUGCAAUGGUUCGAGGUCAUUUUUCCACUCUAGAUUAAUCUAAAUUUGCUUGAACGAAAUGAUAUAGCGUUAGAACUUGUUUUUGUUUCAACUAAUUUUUGGGUUAAAGAUAAAUUUAGUUCUAACAG